GGGGCGCCAGGCUACCUGUGCGUUGAUUGGUCAAGAGGGAGUGGCUCGGUACUGAUUGGACAAGCCGUUGAUUAUUGACGGUGAGCGGUUAAAAGUGGGUGGAGCUAGCUGAGGAACAGGUGGGAGGUGCCCGGUUGAGAUCAGUGCUGAUUGGACAGACCAGAGAAGGCGGAGUUGAUCACAAAGGAGGCGGGACUACAGUGGAAAAGGACGAUGCUGAUUGGAAGACCUAGGGAGGCAGGGCUGAUUCUCGAAGGAGGGGCAUAGAGGAAAGUGGGCGGAGCCAAAUAAAAGGUUGAGGGUAUCCCUGUGAUCUUGAACCUGCUCCUAAGGGCCAAAUAGAGGGGUUGUCCUUGUAUAAGUGGGGAAACUGAGGCCCCCGCAAGCUUAGGUCUGUGUGGAUGUCUCUCCAUGUGGGAUAUUCCCACCCCUCAUGGGUAGGGGGGAAAGAGGAAACCGCAAGGCCCCUUGGGAGUUGAAAGCUUCAGGGUUGCUAUGGUGUCCGGGAUGGCCCCGCCCCCCGCCCCGCCCCCCGCUAUGCGGCCCUCCCCGACUGCGCUGUGGCUGGGUCUGGCUUUGGCUUUGGCCCUCCCGGCUGUGGGGUGGGCCUCAGCCCGGGCCCCUAUCUAUGUCAGCAGCUGGGCCGUGCGGGUGACCAAAGGUUACCAGGAGGCUGAGCGCCUGGCACGUAAAUUUGGCUUCGUCAACCUGGGACAGAUCUUCCCUGACGACCAGUAUUUCCAUCUACGGCACCGGGGUGUGGCCCAGCAGUCCCUGACCCCGCACUGGGGCCACCGUCUGCGCCUGAAGAAAGAGCCCAAGGUGCAGUGGUUUGAGCAGCAGACCGUGCGGCGGCGGGUGAAGCGCUCCCUGGUGGUGCCCACAGACCCCUGGUUUUCCAAGCAGUGGUACAUGAACAAUGAGAUACAGCCAGAUCUCAAUAUCCUGAAGGUUUGGAACCAGGGACUCACCGGCCGGGGAGUGGUGGUCUCCAUCUUGGAUGACGGCAUUGAGAAGGACCACCCGGACCUCUGGGCUAAUUAUGACCCUCUGGCCAGCUAUGACUUCAAUGACUAUGACCCAGAUCCCCAGCCUCGCUACACACCCAGCGAUGAGAACCGGCAUGGGACCCGCUGCGCUGGGGAGGUGUCUGCCACAGCUAACAACGGCUUCUGUGGCGCUGGUGUGGCCUUCAACGCCAGGAUUGGAGGCGUGCGCAUGCUGGAUGGAACCAUCACGGACAUCGUGGAGGCACAGUCCCUCAGCCUGCAGCCGCAACACAUUCACAUCUAUAGCGCCAGCUGGGGGCCUGAGGACGACGGCCGCACUGUGGACGGACCCGGCAUACUCACUCGGGAGGCCUUCAGGCGUGGCGUGACCAAGGGCCGCCAAGGGCUGGGCACACUGUUCAUCUGGGCCUCGGGGAACGGCGGCCUCCACUACGACAACUGCAACUGCGACGGCUACACCAACAGCAUCCACACGCUGUCCGUGGGCAGCACCACGCGGCAGGGCCGAGUGCCCUGGUACAGCGAGGCCUGCGCCUCCACCUUCACCACCACCUUCAGCAGCGGAGUGGCCACCGACCCCCAGAUCGUCACCACGGACCUGCACCACCAGUGCACGGACAAGCACACGGGCACCUCGGCCUCCGCCCCUCUGGCCGCCGGCAUGAUCGCCCUGGCUCUGGAGGCCAACCCGCUCCUGACCUGGAGGGACCUGCAGCACCUGGUGGUCCGCGCGUCCAGGCCGGCGCAGCUGCAGGCGGAGGACUGGAGGAUCAACGGCGUGGGGCGCCAAGUGAGCCACCACUACGGCUACGGGCUGCUGGACGCGGGGCUCCUGGUGGACCUGGCUCGCGUGUGGCUGCCCACGCAGCCGCAGAAGAAAUGUGUCAUUCGGGUGGUGCACACCCCCACCUCCAUCCUGCCCCGGAUGCUGGUGUCGAAGAACGUGUCUGCGUGCUCGUACGGCUCGCACCGCCUCAUCCGCUCGCUCGAGCACGUGCAGGUGCAGCUGUCCCUCUCCUACAGCCGCCGCGGGGACCUGGAGAUCUCCCUCACCAGCCCCAUGGGCACGCGCUCCACGCUUGUGGCCAUCAGACCCUUGGAUAUCAGCGGCCAAGGCUACAACAACUGGAUCUUCAUGUCCACCCACUACUGGGAUGAGGACCCGCAGGGCCUGUGGACCCUGGGCCUGGAGAACAAGGGCUACUACUUUAACACAGGAACUCUGUUCUACUACACACUGCUGCUGUACGGGACGGCCGAGGACAUGACAGCGCGGCCCCAGGGCCCCCAGGUGACCAGCCGCGUGUGUGCAGAGGGACACAGAGGGGCUGCGCCAGGAAAGCCAUGUUCCCCCCGCCAGCCUGGCCUGGCUCUGCCUCCUCUCCAGCCGGCAGUGGUGGCUCCACAGCCACGCAGAGCAGCCAGUGACCGCGGGACAGGCCAGCUGUCACCCUCCUGUUACACCUGCUGGGGCAGCUUGACCAGCGACUACACUGCCUGUCCCCUGUCCCUAGUGCUGGAUGAGCUCCAGGGCUCCUCCAAGGCCUGCCAUCUCCGGCGGCACCCCGGCUACCAGUCCCGGGCCAUGGCGCUGGCCCCGCUGGCCAGAGCCUUCGGGAGACCCCUCUCGGCUUGAGGAAGGCCCACCCACCCCAGGCUAGACGCCCCAAAGCCCGAGACCCUGAAGGCUGGGGAGCCAGAGAUGCCUGACUCAAAGGACAGAAGGGCAGUACCCCAAGGCCCCGCUCCCAGGCUGGAAUAGGACCCUGCCCCCAAAAGGCCCUGGCAGAUCAUCGGGAGGCCACCGCGUGGGCCACGGCUGCUCCUGCUGGAAGAGGUGUCUUCUCACUCGUUUUGGAGCAGGACACGGGGUGCAGUGGGCAGAGGUCAGACCACAGCCACAGUCCCUUCCCUGCCCUGUGUCUGACCUCAUAGUUGGUAAAUAAAAGUUAAAUGGAUGUCCA